AUGGCGGAGCAGUCGAUCCCCCACCUACGAGAGGCGAUUUCUAGUCUGGAGUCCAAGAUGGCAUCGCUCAUGACGGAGCGCGAGAGGCUAGAGUCCCGCCUUGAGCGAGCUGUACGUUUGCGAUCUCCCAUCCAGCGCCUUCCAAGCGAGCUACUCGCAUCAAUCUUCGCAAUCGGGGCGUUAGAGAUGGAGGAGGAGGAUCCGCUGAUACUGGCGAAUCUCAUGCUCGUCUGUCACUACUGGCUGGACGUGGCUGUCAAUACCCCGGUGCUGUGGUCGCGCAUCUUGGUGAGCAACCACGAUUCCUUGGACAAGGCUCGGCGGAAGUUGGCACGGUCGAAGUCAGUUCCUCUUGAUAUCUGUAUCAGCUUCAGCCCGCAGAUGGAGUGUGGCGACAGAACGAUGGAGACAGUUGUUCACGCCAUGGAUCUCCUACAGCCGUCUAUAUGGCGAUGGAAGACAUUUCGUCUGGUUGUACCCAAUCGAGCCCAAGCUCAUGCGGCACUUGCUCGUUGUCAAGAUCCCGCCCUCAAGCUCGAGCUUCUGCAGGUCAAGAUUUUCCACUCUAUGCAGGAAGAUCACUACUUGCUUCCCCCACUGCCCCUCUUUGGAGGCCACCUGCCCAGCCUGAGCACUUGCUCGUUGGCUUCAUUUAAUUUCGGUUGGGACGUUUCUGUAGUCAGUGGGCUCCGUUCUCUAGAACUAGGGGGAUACUGGAAUGACUUAUCACCUUCGGUCGCCGUCAUUCUCGACAUCUUGCGCGCUUGCCCAGAUUUGGAGGACCUCGUUCUGCGGAAUAUGUCGGAUGUUGAUGCAGAGACGUGCCAGGCAUACGACCAUGAACCCACCUCAGAUAAACGAUACUCGUCUCGCACCAUCCUUCUUCAGCGCCUUACGAAGAUCUCAUUCUACUAUGCCGGCAUCAACCGCACGCGGGCUGUCCUUAGCCAGUUGUCCUUCCCCACCUUAGAGAAGGUGGAAUUGUGCUACAUGGACGACGUCACAUCGCUGUUGAGUCAUUUGAAACGGCAGUCUCUGACGUCGUUGCCGUUACGGCGCCUCCGAAUCGAGACAUCCGUGUUCAGCGAGCUCGAGCUGGCGAAGCUUCUUGGGCGCGUGUCUUCUCUUCUUACCUUGGAGCUUAUCGAUGUCGAGGACGCCUCAUCUAGUCUUCUGAAGGGCCUCUCAGUACCAUCCGUGGUGCAGACAUGGGUUUGUCCAAAGCUAGAAAGCCUGAGUCUUGAAGGCUGUACCUCAUUGGACUGGGAUGCCUUACGCGCAUUUGUAGAAUCGCGACUACCACCACAUUCUCGCGCGUACCCACGGCUAAAUGCGAGCUCCGCACUCUACCUCCCUGCGCCGAGAACAUACUCCACCUCUGUCGCCGUUACAUCCGGCCGCCAUCCAAAUCCACCGCAAUCGCAAUCACAACCUUCCACUCUCGGCCGCUCGCACUCAGCACCACCGAAGACAUCGGUUCCUCUCACGUGGCCUCAGCGCCUGAAGAGCAUCGACCUCACUCAUUGUCACCAGAUCAGUAAGGAGAUGAUCCAAUGGCUCCGACUAUACGUCGCGGAGGUGAAGUGCGAUACCUCGAGGGGGCCAUGGAGCGAGUCAACUUUCUCGUGACCUUGGGUGCUGUCGACAAAGCGGGAAGUAUCAUCUCUAUGUAAGUACCUUAUGCCUUUUUCAAACCCGAGUUCGGAGGGAAACUUGGUCAAUUUUAAUGUAUCAUAUCUUUCUCUGCACCACCUGUUGUCUUUGACAAACAGUUUGCUUAACGACAGUGCUUACUUAUGCAACGGCUUAGACUUUUCUUCAUCUACUUCACGACAUUCACGUUCUUCUUUCUGUUCAAACGCAUGCUCCUGAUUAUUGGCUUGAAUGUCUCAAAGUGUAUUUUACUGUAUCUGUAUAUUUCAAAGAUUACAUCCUUCCGAGUACAAGCAGGCCUGUACAUAUACAAAGGCAGGUUUGCUCAUGU